GGGCCCGGAGUGUCCGAAUUGCAAUUGUGAUGUCGACGAGAUAGCAGGCAGCGAGCGACCAAAUCCCAUCCCAUCUACCGGGGGAACACGAGCUUUGGAGUCGAAACGUGCGCGUCUUGGUGUGUAUGUGUGUAUAAGUGUGCAUUUGUUGCAUUCCCCGUAUGUGCGUCCAACCCGUCCGUACAUGCAUCGUGUGCCCGAACGCAUUAGUUUUGUGCAAGUGAGUGACCUUUGACCCGCCUUCAAAGGGAAUUACGAAAAAGGGUGCAAACACAGCAAACAAAAAAACAACCAUACUCGCAGCAAGAGAAACGACGUCCGGUGACCACAGCUUCCUUUCGCUAAUACCGUCGCCUUCGUCGCCGUCGUUCCGUUCCAAGAUCGCCCCGCAAGAUCGCCGUUCACUACCCAGCAUCCGUCACUCACGUUGCUAACCAAGGCAGGCUGUUGACAACUUGGCUUGUGACCCUUCUUGGAUUCACUCGGCAAGAAAAUUGUACAUCCUGAGACAGAAGCGUGCACACACGCACACCCACGCAAAAGCAAAAUCGAUUCGAUCCAGCCAACUCAAAUCGUAACAAUCGUAUGCCACACAUGUACCUUUGCCCGGAGAGCCGUGCCUGUCGCCGUGCGAAUUGAAACAAGCAACAAUCUAUAAUCAGAAACGAUAACCAGUACAACUCCAGUGCUCAUUAGUAUCGCGUCGGUGAAUGUGCCUUAAGUAGUGGAUAGGUAGUUUGUUUCGUUUACCAAGAAAACGCAGUGCCAGUGUGCCCAAGAACAUCUGCAAUUAGGCCUCGUGCAAUAGGUGCGCUCCCUACCGUCAAAUGUAUCCGUUUUGCCAGUACGAGCCGUUCUAAGUGCGAACAAGAAACUGUACCAUUAGUGACGGGUCGACAGGAACCGCCGCGCCCGGUCCUACGCCUACAGCCCGGUUUUGAAUGUGUACUGCGGGCAGCUGGAUUGAUUUUGUGUUCAUUUUCAACAAAAACUGCUCGAAAAGCGGCAAACCGCAACGAACCAACAACGAUCGAGCGUAUCGUCGCACAGAUUUCGAUUCCACGUUGUGUUCGAGCCACUGCUGAGCAAUUCGCUGCAUAAAGAUGCGAUCCAGCGCUGUCGGCAUGAGCUCCGUCCUGAUCGUGGCAGUGGUCGUCGUGCUGCUGAUGCUGAACGAAAGCCACGCUACCUCCACGCCCAACAGCGAUGCCCUGAUCAGCCAGCUAACACGUUCGCGCUACUGUGGCCGCCGGCUGACCGAAACGCUAGCCUUCCUCUGCCAGGGACGGUAUCCGAUGCUGACACACUAUCGCACAGAUUAUGUGCACGACCAGGCAAACCAACGAGUAAAGGUAGAGGUGGCCACCCUGCCCGACACAUUGCCGCCCGGCUUUCCUUAUCCCGGUGCCGGCGUUCAUCGGCGCAGUCGGCGCAGUUCCGGCGGUAUCUACGAUGAGUGCUGCAAGAAGAGCUGCUCCUACGUCGAGCUGCGUGCCUACUGUGAUUGAAGCGGAAAACCCGAUUGCGAUGAGGAUGAGAUGGGGUGGAAGGGGGAAGACAGUGAAAGCACCCAAAAGGCGGAUGUUAUGAAUCAGGCGCAGAUAGAUAGAAAGAGAGAGAAAAUCAAGCGAAGGAGAUAUGUAACCGGUAGACCGGUGUGUUUAGCAACUUGUUUACCAAUUGCUUGCGUAUUAUUCAAUCCAGUUUACUCUCUUCUAUAUCUUUUUUUUUAAUUUGCUAUUUUACUCGCUCCCCCCGCUUUUCCCAAGAAGUCUCGUCCGGCGUGAGGCGAUGUGUAGAUCAAUUGCUAUUAUUAUUAUUAUUACAAUUUUUAUAGGAUAUUACAAUUAGCUGCAACACGUUUUGUGCGCUACAUUACGCCCCUAUACGAUUGUUUUUUGUUUGUUUUUUUUUUUUGCUUGCGUGCGUGUGUGUGUCGAGAAGUAACUGGAGACCGUUUGGGCAUCUCAAGCGUCUCGUGGCUCCGAGAUUUACUAUAAUUAUAUCAACACUCUAUAUCCAUGUACCUUUGCGUUAGUGGUUUGAGAAUGCGUUUCCUUGCUUUUUACCUAUUUUUUUAUUAACUUUUCAAAAUAUACCAUCGUUAAUACGGCUUUUCUACCGUUCUAUUGCAAGGAAUUAAAAGCAUUUCAAAAGUGUCUACCUUCCCUAAACACACACACCAACAAACAUAUGUAUACAGACAGAGUUACGGUAAUAUAGCGCUUCUGUGGUACGGAUGGAACGUGAGACGGAACUACGGGUGGUGGCAUCAGCGAGCGUGUCCGUGGGUCCUUUAUGUUUUUUUUUCUUUCCCUUUAGACCGUAAUAGCUAAAGCAGAACAGUCAACAAGUAACUAGUACGAAGUGCUCACCGUGUUCCGUACCGCUACCAUUCGAUUUUUGAUAGUAUGUAUGUAUUUUUAGUACACGUUUAGUGGGGUGGCGAUGGUAAUGAUGGUGAGAUUUUACCUUUCGGCGCUUUCCCUUCCGCUCGGCACACGGCACUGGGGAAGGGAAUUUAACCGUAGAUGAUAGCAAGUGAACAACACAAACAAACAGAGAAAAUGGUCUUAGAGUGUGAUGGCAUCGGGUCUAAAGCGUUCAUACACACUGCACCAUUUUAGGCUUGUGUGUGCAUGUAUUUACCAUUAAGAAAGGCGAGAAAAGACGGUGGUAAAGUGACGACGAAUGUUUAGAAAAGCGAUCAAGAAAAAAAAUUAUUAACAGAAAUUAUAAAUAAUGAAAAAUACGUCGAUUGAACUUAACAAAAAGUGCUCGAUCGCUCGUCAGUAUGGUUUCGAUUGGGAAGAGCUGUUUUACUUUAAAUCCCAUUUUCGAUUGACCGAGCCGUGCUGCAGGACCUUUCUUCGUACAAUCGCCACAUUUGGCCUACCCGACCACCCCACACCGUGUGUCCCUAUGUCCUCUGAACGAAUGUGAUCGUAUUUGCCUGUGUAGGCUCUCCUCUGUGUAUCGAUAGAGUUAGUAGCCGCGUACGAAGUAGUAGAUUUAAAGAAAGUCAACUUCAGACAUCAAUGAAUGACAGUAAAAACCAAAAAAAAAAAAACACAACAACAACACAUUCGUCUAUCUGUGGCUGCUGUACUCUGCUGUCCGAAAAUCGACUUGAUCGUGGUUUCAUUCUAAAACAAAACAGAAAAACACGCUGCAAGGAACGCAUCAUCGACUAAACGUGACCGCUUUACUCUUCACAACACACACCGCACGACACACUGUCGCCGCCAUUAAUUGACCGUUGGCCGGGAAGGGUUCCAGGUCUGCCGCUACCACCGGCAUGGGCCAAAUCGAUCGAGUACACUGAUACCGUGGUCCCGCAUCUCUCUUCCUCGCUCCAUCUCCCGCCCAUUGAUCACAUUUCUAAUGCGUGACCGGGUCUGGGCGCAUCCAGCCAUCCAUCAAAAACAAUCACCUCCAAGGAAGAGAGCAGCAUGGGCCAGAGAGGAACAGAGGAAGAGCAGUGCGAUGCAUCCCGCGCACUGUUUCUGUUAUGACUUACGACGGUUACGUGUUAUGAAAUGGACCGCUCACUCAUCCCAGCCAUCAGCUGACCUUCAAUCGUGCACAUUUCUGUUGAUUGAGUUGCAUUUCCCAGCCCUGUGUCGCUAUCUGUGUCCGCGGCGUUGCAGCGUCUGUCUUUAUUUGCCACUGUUUUUCUUCCUUUGCCCCCCGCAGCAGCAGCAGCAGCGGCGGCGUGAGACAUUUGUGUCAUUUUAUGUUAUGUUUUGCUGUUGCAGCUUGUGUUGUUUGUCUUUAGUUUUGUGCAUCUCGAUGGCAUGUAAACCUCGAUUCCGCCCAGCCGAACUGGUGCGAACUGGACAAGGUGCGUCCCUGCAACUGAAACAACGUUGCGGUGCUACCUACACCAAUGAUUAAUCAUCCAAGGGGGGAGAGGAGAGGGGGGUUGCCCUGCAGCAUUGUCCCCCCGGCAAAUGGGAAGACGAUUUGUUGAAUUUAAAUAUUUUGCCUCCAUUUCCUAAAGGUCAAACAACCAUCUUCAUUGCUAAUGUAGUAAAGUACAUCUUUUUUAAUUAUUUUAUGAUUUGUUUUCCUAGUAAAAGGCUUCCCAUUACUUGCUAUAUCAAUGUGACUACAGUAAUUAGCAGGAUUGAUCAUUUUCGGGCGAUUGGCGAACAUUUCCAUUUCAAGUUACAGUAGGUGACCGCUAACUGAGAGGUAAACAAGCUCCAGUUAACGAACAAUGUUCGCUAACUGGAG